AUGAGCGACGACGGUGGUGAGGAUCUCGUCGGCGAGUGCCGGCGCACCAUGCGACUCCUGGAGAUGCUGCGUCGCACGCACUACGAGCUCGUGCAGUUUCCCGCUGUCCCAAUUGUCCAAAAAAAAACGAAAGAAAAAGAAAAAGCAUUUUGUACGCAGGAGAACGGCCAGCGACGGCUGAUGUCGCCGGAAGUGGCGUACGGCGAUUGGCAGCGCGUCAAGGGCGCGGAGGUGUUCCUGGGCCGUUUGCCGCGCGACUGCUACGAGGACGAGCUGAUGCCGUUGCUGGAGCAGGCGGGCCGGCUCCUGGAGCUGCGGCUGAUGCUCGACUUCUCCGGUUCGACGCGCGGCUACGCGUUCGCGCUGUACGAGAGCCCGCAGAUCGCCCGCAGGGCGUGCGAGCUCCUCAACGGCCACGAGAUCCGGCCGGGGCAUCGCAUAGGCGUGGUCAAGUCCAUGGACAACUGCCGGCUCUUCUUCGGCGGCGUGCCGAAGACCAAGACCAAGCCCGAGUUCAUGGAGGAGCUGACCAAGAUCCUGGACGGCAUCACGGACAUCUACCUGUACCCGAGCGGCCACGACCGCAGCCUGAAUCGCGGCUUCAUCUUCGUCGAGUUCUGCAACCAUCGGGCGGCGGCGAUGGCCCGGCGCAAGCUCAUACCCGGCAAGGUGAUGCUGUGGGACCACGAGAUCGCGGUGGACUGGGCGGACCCGGAGCCGGGCGACCCGGUUGACGAGGACGUCAUGGAGACGGUGACGGCUCUGUUCGUAAGGAACCUCGCGCUCAAUAUGCCGCAGCAGCAGGUGAAGGAGAUCCUCUACAGGUGCACGAACGUGCCGAUAUUGAAGCUGAAGAAGAUCAAUCACUUCGCUUUCAUUCACUACGAGAAUCGCGAAGCCGCGCAGAUCGCAAUGGACAUGAUGCAAAAAUCGGAUAGCAUUGUCGAGAAGCAGGGGUGGGAGGUCCGCUGGGCGAAACCCAUCGGGGCGUCCAAGAUCCUGGAAAGGGAGCGAUACAUUCGCGAGGCGGCAGCCAACUCGGACGUUCAAAAGGCCGAGAUUCCGCGUUUGAAACAAGGGAAGAAACGCUCCGUCAAAGCGCUCGCGAAAACACACGAGCACGAUUACCUGCAACAGAUAAGGCUACUGCGUAACUUCGUCAAGGAGAGAUUCGACGCGACGUGUACCUUGGACUGCGAACAGAUAGACGAAACUAGAUACGUUUGCGAUGUAAAUACCUUAAUAAAUUCACGACUUCUUAUCUUUUCAUUUAUGCCUGAUGCGCUACGUUCUUUCCUUUUUGUCGCAUUGUUUCAGAUAACUAUUCACAAAAAUGAGGUAAUAAUGUUCGCAUUUCGAGGAAAUCCGUUGGCGUCGAGACAGAAAGCCAUGAACGAGACGUCCGGCGAAGUGUACCAAUAUUUGGCCGACAUGCUCACGAAUAGUGCGCAGCAACUGUACGAGCAGCAUCAUAUUGAAUCGGGAAUGGACGUUAACCCUGCGAACGGCGCGCCGAUUGUCUGGUAUCCGGAAUAGUUCAAAAUU